UAUAAAAGGCUGUAUUUUUUCUCUUAUACUAUUUUAAAGUUGAAUAUAUUGAAAGUGAAACAACAAAAAAUAAAAUCAUUAUUAAUAUUUUUGCAUUAAAGUUCUUUUCUACAUUAAAAAAGACUCAGUCUUUAUAAACAAUAUUAUGAUCUUUAGCAAUUUUAUGCCUUAGCUUAUUAUUGGUGUAUAGUAUUCAACAAUUUGAAUUUUGUGAAUACUUAUUUUAAAGUAAAUAACAAAAAGGAGCACUGUGAUGUGAUUGUUUGGCAAUUAUUACUAUGUCUUAUGCCCUUUGUGUCUUUAAACCAUCAUAUAAUUAUGCCCGGAGAAGUGUUUAAAUGUGGAAAUUGUAUAAUGUCUGGCGUUGAAGAUGGUGAAAUACCGAAGGAGUUUAUUGAAUACGACUUUGCUGAGGAUGCAUUGGAUUUUGAGAAUCAGCUUGCCGAAGCGCGUGAUGUGAAAUUUACUCAAAAUUUGAAAGAACCCCUAUCAAUAGGAUCUCAUAUAUUAUGUACUGGAACACCUUCCGACGAUUUGCCAUGGUUUGCAGUAAAUAUCGGUUGUGGAGAUUCAGAGACCGGACGGGGAGAUGUCGCGGUACAUUUUAACGUGCGUCUCCCGCAGUGCUACGUUGUUAGAAACACAAGGCGCCACGAUAAUUGGGGAGCCGAAGAGACCACUGCGUAUAGAUUGUUUCCUUUCAAAAUAAAUCGAGCAUUUUCUAUAGAAAUUUUAGUAGACGAAAAAGAAACGUUAUGGGCUGUUGAUGGCGAACAUUACUGCAGCUUCGCACAUAGAAAUCCAAGUGCUCUUAAUGCCGACUGGAUUCAGGUCACUGGUAUUAGGGAUGCCAACUUGAAGAUACAGAAGACUGAUGUGUAUCCUACUUUAGCGCCAGCUCCGCUUGAAAUUCCAUUGAGAGAAUGUUUAUCUGCACUAGCUGAUGAUGAACCCGCUUGGAAAUCAAAUGUCAUAGCGAGGUUACCGAAUGGAAUUCCAGAAGGGUAUCAAGUAGUCAUAACCGGCAGACUACGGCCGCUGCUGCACUCGUUCGCCGUCGACCUGAUGGACUGCGCGCGCGAGUGGCCGCGCCCCAACAUACACGUGCACGUCAACGUGCGCGCGCACGUCGACUCGCAGCAGGCGCGCCAGCUCGUCGUGCUCAAUACGUGGCUGGGCGUCUGGGGCCUCGAGCGCCGCCAGCGGAGCGCCCGCUUCGUACCGGGGACAGAGACGACGCUGCGUAUAGCGUGCGGGGGGGGCGAGUGGUCGGUGUUCGCGGACGACGUGCUGGUGGGCGAGCUGGAGCUGCGCGCCGCGGCGGCCGGCGUGCGCGCUCUGCGCCUGCGCGGGGACCUCUACCCGCAGCGACUGCUGCUCUGCCCGCUCGCCGGCACCCCGACUAUGAACAUACAAACCGGUGCUUGAAUACCACACUAUUAUUAGCAAGAAAAAAAAAUAUUUUAAAAAAAAACCUAUUUACAAUUAUAUAUUACACACAUUCUGAAAGAAUAGGUUAAGUUGAUCAACUUUUAGAUAUAAUUUCAUGUUAUGGUUAGCUUAUGUAAGAAAAUGAUACUACUAAAUCACGGAAAACUUUUUUGAAUGUUGCUUGAGAUCUGUUAUUGAAUAAUAUAAGUUUAAGGAAUUAAAAUAGAUAUGCACUCUCAUCACGUAAUAAGAACCUGUUAUAAUAUCGGUGCGUCAACGAUACUUAUUCAAAUAUUUUUAUAUGAAAAAAAAAUCAACAUGAUAUAAGCAAGCGUCCCAUUCUAAAGACAAAAUAUAUGAUGUACGGGGCGUGCGUAUUUGUAAUCUGCUAUUGAAUAUGAUUUUAUUAACUACAAAUACCCAUAACAAAGGUAUUAUAAAUACAGAUUGACAGAUACGUUUUCCGAUUGUUGGAAUAAAAAAAAAUCAUGGCAUUAAAUGACCACUACCAUCAGUGGUUUCUUUUUGGUUCAUUACUAUUUGUUACUUUAAAAAGUAAAUAAUGAGUAUUAUUUCAGUGAUGUAAACUGAUAUUGGUUGGAAUUCGAAAAUAAAUAGCUACAAUAGCGUUAAAAAGCCGCGACUUGACCAUUGUUAUAGCAUGGUCCGAAGGCUUAAAUCAAAUAUAAAUUAUUUAUUUUUAAGUAAUUGAACGUCAAUAUUAUUAUAGCAUUUAUAUGAAUUUUAAAGAUUUAUUUUUAAUGAGUUUAAAUUAUAUAUAUUCUUUUAUGUUGUUUUCAAUAUGUGAUAGGUACUGCCAUGUUAUUUGGGUGUAAACCCUAUACUUGACAAAAAAGUCAAUUAAGGAAUAAGAAAUAUAUAUAUAUAUAUAUAUAUAUAUUUGUGUUUAGAUGCUAAUAUUAAGUAUACACAUACAAGUAAUCUUAUAAAAUGAAUGGAUGGAUUAAUAGAAGGAGUAUUAAGGAUAACCCACUUUGAAAAAUAAUUGUAGAUAUUCAUGACAGAUGUAUACAUCCACUUGUAUAUCAUAUAUAAAUAACCGAAUGUUCUGACAAAAGACAAUGUAGGUAAUAAGGAUUCAAAGUGCGAAGUAACAGCUUUUCAAGUAAAGUACAAAUCAAAAUGUUAAUUUCAUAUAAAUAAUUAAAUUAUUUAGGUAGCAAAGAUGCAUGCUUUUUGUAAGAAGCUUCAACAUUCAUUAAAUUCAAUUCUAAUGAAAAAUUCAUUAUAAUUCAUAAUUGAAGAAAUAAUUACAUUAAGUUGUUUGUCAUUAUUAUUAUAUUUUUAUGAAUUGGCCAAGAGACUAUACAAUCUAUAUUUUUACAUUGGGUUAUCCUGUAUAUUAAAUAUCAAAGUAUUAAAAAGAAUUUCUUAAUAAUAUUAAUAGCCUAGCCUCUAUCAAUACAUUUCACAUUACAUCUUGACUUUGCAUACAAAAUCAUAAUGCUUGCCAAUUUAAUUAAAAUUGGAAGUACUUAAUUUUAAUUUUUUUAUUAACAAUGAGAUUAUUUUGUGCGUCGGCGAACUGAAUAACGUCUUCGAUUAAUUAUGACUGGCAAUAUAACAUUUAUAAUUAUAUUAUGAAUUUUUACAUAACCUUUAUUUUUUAUUUACUAUGAAUAUGUUUUCCGAUGGUUCUGAAUAACUAUUUUUCAGUUUAUGUAUCAGUUUAUUUCAAUUACAUAUAAAUAUAUUUCAAAUAAAAGAAUGUAUAUAUUGCUUAGAUAAUAAAACGAUAUCUAAAUUUUUGUCAUAAUAUUAGUGGGAUAAAUUCAAUUGUUGGCAACACUGAGCAUGUUCAUGCAAGGCUAGUUUUUGUCUUGUGAUUAAUAAUAAUAUACGUCUAGCAUAAUUGCACAUCUCGACUUUUACGUGGAAAGUCGAGAUGGCCCAGUGGCAAGAACGCGUGAAUCUUAACCGAUGAACGUGGGUUCAAACCCGGGCAAGCACCUCUGAAUUUUCAUGUGCUUAAUUUCUGUUUAUAAUUCAUCUCGUGCUUUUCGGUGAAGGAAAACAUCGUGAGGAAACCUGCAUGUGUCUAAUUUCAUCGAAAUUCUGCCACAUGUGUAUUCCACCAACCCGCAUUGGAGCAGCGUGGUGGAAUAAGCUCCAAACCUUCUUCCCAAAAAGGGAGAGGAGGCCUUAGUCCAGCAGUGGGACAUAAACAGGCUGUUACUGAUUACUUACUUACUAAUUGCACUGUGUAUAUCUUCUCAAAUGACAUAAUAGUCUAAAAUAUUAGAGCUAUAUUUAUUUUAAAAAAAAUUACUUACAAUGUAUUAUUAUCGGCUAUCAAAAAUACUUAAUUUGUUAAAAAAUUGUUAUAAGAUGUAAAAUGCUAAACUAACAUAUAUAAAUGGUUGAAUAAUAGAUUUUAUAUGAAAUUUCUUACUAAAAAAUUAUAAUUAAUGUAAUAAAAAAGUUUUCAGCUAAACUACAGCUGCAAAAAAUAUAUAUGGAAAACUUAAUUAUACGCCGUCCUAUUACAUGAAUAUUAUCUUUAGUCAAGCUUACCAUAAUAAAAUAAAAAUAAUAUAAAGCGACUGUAAGCUUUACUCACUUAAUUAAAAUUAUGUAAAUCGACUAAAUAUGAAACUGUAUUGAAAAAUUAAUGUUUUACUAUAUUUAUUAAUUUUUAAGUAUUUCCCUUAGAUAUAACUUGUCGGAAGCACUGGGAUUCACCCCGCAUUAAAUUUACACACAAUUUGCUCCUAUCCCAGUGUACUUCAGAUACAGGCAGUGCAAGACUGCUAGCUAUAUCUGAAAGAGAGUCAGACCAAUGGCUUCAGGCUCUCCCUUCUAAAAAUCUAGAGACAGUACUUGAUCGGGCAACGAUACGCAUUGCCUAUGCUUAGGUUUAAAGGUGUGUGAGCUUCAUACAUGUCCCUGUGGUACCAAGGUGGACCAAGUUGGACGCUAUGGACUUAGCUGCCGCAAAAGCGCUGGCCGUGCAUAUCGCCAUAGACAUCUCUUAAUGACAUACUUCGUCGGACUUUUGCCACAGCAUCGAUUCCUGCUACUUUGGAACGAAUGGUUUAUGCAGAGAUGAUGGCAAAAGACCCGAUGGAGUGACAUUAGUGCCAUGGUCGAUGGGUGUUCUUGUGUGGGGUGCAACUUGUGUAGUUACGCUGGCAGUAUCUCAUAUCAAGAAUACGUCUCGUAAGGCCAGUGCAGCCGCUGAAGCUGCUCAAAUACUCAAGCGCCGCAAAUAUUCACUUUUAUUAGGGGCUGGGUUUUGAAACAUUGGGUCUAUGGUCGUCCGAUACAAAAAGAAUCAUAAAAGAUAUUUCUAAGAAACUGGUCCACACUUCUGGUGAUCCAAGAGCUGGCGCUUAUUUAGCCCAAAGGCUGAGUCUAGCGGUGCAGAGAGGCAACAGUGCCAGCGUCUUGGGUACAAUGCCACAGGACAAUA